ACUCAGGUGAAAAUACAACCUUAAUCCCGUUUUUAAGCAAUUCAUUUUUCAAAAUUUGGCGGUAAAUUGUGAUCCAUUAUCGGAUACGGUACGCUUCGGUUGGCCGAUUUUUACACAAUAAUCGCUCAGAAUCUUCCCGGUGACAAUCCUCGCAGUCGCUUAUUUCUUUGGAUAUAGCUCAACAAGUAUCGAGAACGCGUCUAAAACCACAAAUAUAUACUGGACGUAUCCUACCGACCUUGGAAGAGGUCCAUAGAAAUCAACGGUCACCAAAAUGUUUUUCCAGUACUGCUUUAUAUUCCUCACUGUUCAUCAUGCCCUCUACUGGGACAAGAGUGCCAGGUCCCGAGUGCGAAAAACAGCCCCUGAACCUCUUCUUGAUAGGACGUUUGACUGAUUGCACAAUGCGGGCAGCAGUGAGUUUUUCAUCCGCACUUUUACGAACGAAUUUUGAUCGCCGGUCCUGCACUACAAAGUGUGUCUCGUCUGAGAAUAACACCUUCUUCCUGUACGGCCUAGUGGGCCUUAUGACUUCUCCCAUCUUCCAAGAAUUCUCUGCACACCGUAGAGUCGUGAAUCUUCACCCCAGCAUUUUCUUUAUUUUACUGGAGGUCAUGGCUGGUUUUUCUGGGACGCAGUUUACUGUUCCAUAAAAGAAAAACUUCAUUUCAAGGAGUAAUCUGCCAUUUUCUUACGUUGACUUACGAUCCUAUUACUAUGUAACAACUUCGAAUACAUUAAACAAGUACUUAAAUCCUUCUUUUUGCACCGUUUCUUUUCUGAUUUAAAUACAUGCUUCUUUUCAAUCGUAGCAAUAAAUCUGGUUGCUUCAAAAGCCGGACUCUCCUGGGGUUCGAUCAGGCAUAGAGAGGAGAGUUUUACGACACCAAGAUGUCCGACCUCCGACCCCGAGAACAUGGUCAAAAUGAUGACAUAAGAUGAUGACGGAGUUGAUGGACUUAUGUCCGAUGACGGUAUAGGACGCCUCAUUCGACACGGCUCAUCGGGAGCAACAAAAAACCCCGUCGCGAUUUCGCCUGGGAGUGCCAGUGCCGCCAAACCACCCCCAAAACCACUAUUAAGCAUUACUUCGGGGGAGGGCGACCAUGAAUCUGGCCAAGAAAAGUAAAUACCUAACCUAACCUAAACUGGUCCUCAUCAGAAGCGAUUGCUCCUCUCACCCGUUCUUCCUUUCCUCCUUCACCUGAUGAUGACGAUCAUGUCAUCCUCUUCCGCAUCAUUUCUUAAUCGGGGAAAGAGAGCGGAUGAUCCCGGUCGGAUCAGAGGGUGGCUACUGCUUCACGCGUCUCCGUUCCUCUUCCAGGCCAUCAUCAUCCUUGCUAUGCUUUUGGCCUCAUGAGAGUCUCCUCUCCUAAAUAGAGAUUUUAGACAAGUCACCACUUGCUUUCCUUUUCUUUCCAUCGCCAUCUCCAUCCAUCAUCAUCAUCAUCUUAUGUCAUCAUUUGGACCAUGUUUCCGUGGUCGGAAGUCCGACAUCUUGGGGUCAUAAAACUCCCCUCCCCAUGCCCAGUCGAAUGAGCCGCUCGCCAUAUCGUCAGCCGAUAUAACUCCAGGAGACCCAAAGCCGUACAGUGUGAUACGAAAAAAAACACACAAAAAAUUAUCGUAAACUUGUACUUUAAUUAACGAUCAUGGUGGGGUGUUCUGGUGUGUCUUUAAAGACGACGACGACAACGACGACGAUGUAAGUAACAAAGGCGACGCGCUCAAUUGGAUAACGUUAUUCUGAAACCCUGGUGUUCCUCAUUUCAAGUUCAACGGAUUGUUAGAUCACUAUCCAUAUAUUAAUCACAAAACUAGUGAUUGCAUCAACUUCGGAGUUAACUAAGAAGCGUUAAAUAAUUUACUGGAUACAAUGAAAUACAAGAGGAUGAAGAUCAUUCUGCUAGCGUGCACGUGUGUGACGAUUAAUGCACUCAAACCAGAGCCAGAAGCGUUGAUGCGAAACUUGCCUGGUUAUGCGAUUACCACCGGAACGCAACAGCUAAAUUCGACCAGAUGCCGAAGAGAAAUGCAGAUAUUCCGGGACGCGGUAGACAACGGUGUACUUUGGAGUUUGAGAAUGUUGGACGCGAGCGGACAACCAACGUCGGGAUACAUUUCAGGAAACAACUAUUGGGUGGGAAAUAGACAAGAAUGCGAGUUCCUUAGUCAGAAGAGACAAUUUCCAUUGUCAGAGAAGACGAUUCGAAAUAAUUCGAUCUACCGUAAUCCAGCCGAAGAGUUUCCACCUUUCGAGCUCAACUUCUUUGUUGCUCAUCUCAAUCAGAAUGGCACUGUGCAGUAUCAUAUAAGUGUUCCUAUGGAAACGAUAAUAGUACUCGGACUUUGUCUACCAGCAUCCUGCAGCGAAUACGAAGUGGGUACAAUGCUAAAGAAGGUAUUCGACGAUAGACUUCUUCUAGUUGGACAACUCUAUUCGACGGACUUUGAGUUGAUGAAAAUCUCUAAUCUGAAAGAUGAUCAUGCGUGGCUUCUCAGUGGAAAAAUCAUUACGAUUUUAUUUAUUUUGACAGUAUUAUUCGGUACAACGAUAGUAGCCACGUUAUACGAUAUUCUCAUCUAUCAGAAACGUCUACAGAAAAAAACAGACGACGACGACGACGACGACGACGACGGCGGCACUAUCGAAUUAAAGAACAACACGGUGGAGAAAUUGAUAUAUAUCGAAGAGGACGCUGUACCAUCAGAACCGAAAGCAGAGAAUCGAAUUGCAAAAAUCCUUAUAUGUUUCUCAGCUUAUUCGAACAUGAAACAAAUAUUCAAAUUAGACAAUAGUUCAAAUGAUUUGAAAGCGUUUCAUGGCAUGAAGGUUAUUGGAAUGAUAUGGAUCAUGUUUGGCCACGUUAUGUACUACACCCUGAACGUUAUUGGUAACAAGGCAGAGGACUAUAUAAUACUGAGCAAUAUUGAAUCGCAAAUCUUAGCCAAUGGUAUAUUUGUUGUGGAUACGUUUUUCUUUAUCAGUGGUUUCCUCCUGGUGCUUGGAUUUCCAAAGAAGUUACAAAGGAACGAAAAUAACGCUUCAUUUAGCAGGAAUGUAAUGAUUUUCAUUCGUGCAAUCAUCAAAAAAUACAUCAGGGUUACACCGAUGUACUUGAUUAUAAUAUUGCUCUCCAUCAUAAACUUCACUUGGAUUGAGAAAUUUUCAUUGAUGUAUUUCCAUGAACCGAUGCACGAACUAUGCUCAAAAUACUGGUGGAGAAAUAUACUCUACAUCAAUAAUCUCUUUGAAUGGGAUGAUAUGUGUCUGACAUGGAGCUGGUAUCUCGCCAAUAACAUGCAGUUCUUUGUUUUUGGUAUCUUUGUUUUGAUUUUAUCAAGCAGCUACUAUUACACUGCUCUAAGCUUAAGCAUUGCUACUAUGUUUUUAUGCAUAUUGGUGCACGCUUAUAUAACGUACGAUAUAGGAUACAUUCCUACAUACGAUAUACAACUUGAGACGCUUACUUCCAUAUACAUACUACCAUGGAUGAGAAUACCACCGUUCAUAGUAGGGAUGGGCACAGCGGUGUUUCUUGCAAAAUGCAAUUAUAAAUUACAUCUGUCAAGGAAAUGGUUAGCUUCCUGCUGGUUCCUCAGCGUUUUGUGUAAUUGCACGAUUCUAUUUGGUAUGUCAAAUAGAAACGUGUCGCUUACUGUAUCAGUAUUUUACGAGACGUUUAGCAGAUUUGCUUGGAGCCUUGGAAUAGCGUGGCUCGUAAUCGCCUGUGCCACAAACAAUGGCGGUAUCGUAAAUCAAUUUUUGUCACUAAAGUAUUGGACUCCCUUCAGCAGAGUAACGUUCUGCGCUUAUCUUCUAAAUCCAUUCUUAAUACAAUUAAUGGGUAUGUUUAGCAAUUAUCCAUUCAACGUUGAAGUUUUAACGACCGAUGUUUAUGGUAUCGGAAUAUGUGUAGUUACUUACUUUGUGGCUUUUGGAUUGUCGGCGAUGAUUGAAGUACCUACGACAAUAUUCUUACGAACACUCAGUACAUAGUAUGGUGGACCUCGAAGUGCACAAAUUACUUUAUUGCAGUUUAUGGCGGGGCCAGAAAGGGCCCACAGGAAGGUCCUGUACGAAGGAGACAGCUGGGCUCUUCAUGCGCGGAUUACACAAUACAACCUUCAACCCGUCCGAUCAGCAGCGGGGGCUUUCUUUAUUUUCGAUUCGAUAGAAAAAGGUUAGGUUUGGUUAGGUUAGUUAGCCAAAAAGUACUAAUAAAAAAGGGCCUGAAUAGCUUUAGUCAAUGAAAAAUAACUAUCUACUUCAUAUCUUGUAAAAAAUUAUAUUACUGACAGCCUGGAAGGCCUUAAUCAUUCAAAAAAUAUUAGUAUUAAAUUAUUUUUCAGCUUUGCAGGGCUAUGUUCAGAGCUCUGUACACUGCUAGAUAUAUGUAUGUACACUGAGUUGCAUUGAACUUGUCGCAGUGAAGUUGGCUACAAAUUCACUAACACAUUCACACCGCGUCGUCAGUGCAUGUACAAUCAGUACAAUAAGUUUCAUUAAAACUUGUCGCGGUGAAGUUGGCCACUAAUUCAUUCAGUGACGCGGCGUGAAUGUGUUAGUGAAUUUGUAGCCAACUUCACUGCGACAAGUUCAAUGCAACUCAGGGUACACGUCUGUACGUUUUUCUUACGGAUAAUCUCAGCGACGAGGAAGGUCUGCGAGAUCGGGUAUUCAAAUACCUUUCAAGCUACUAUAAUAACCAUACAGUACGUUGUUUGUUGUUAGGCACCAUUAUUACUGUUGCAGUCUGCCCCCGUUUGCUCGCGUUCGUUAAAACCGAGAAAGACCAGAUUCUUGCUUUGUGGAAUCGAAACUAAACUCUGUUAAUUCAAUUCACUAUAAAAUUAUAAAUUAGAAUGAAACUCAUUAAAUACUGCGACAGUUACACUCAAAAGUUGUAAAAUCCCGUUACAAGGCGAAUAAAUUCAGAUCAUUUAUAGCUUA